UAUUCUUUAGCCUUCCAUAUGCUGCAAAGAUGCCUGGUCACCACUGCUAACCAAAGUCACCAGCAACAUGAACACUGCCUUUUUGACAUAGCUGUAGGAGAAGCUGAAUGGUGCAGCUCCUCAUUGGCACCUUUAUUUUUUGACAAUGGCAGGAAGUAGUGGAGAAAGUCAGCUGCAGAGGAUUAUUCGAGAUUUGCAGGAUGCUGUGACAGAACUGAACAAAGAAUUUACAGAAGCAGGAGAACCAAUCACAGAUGACUGUGUCAGUUUGCAUAAAUUUUCCUACAAGCUUGAAUACCUUUUGCAGUUUGACCAGAAGGAAAAAGCCACUUUACUGGGUAACCGGAAAGACUACUGGGAUUAUUUCUGCGACUGUCUGGCUAAGGUUAAAGGGGCAAAUGAUGGAAUUCGUUUUGUCAAGUCUAUUUCAGAAGUAAGUGAAAGCUCAUUGCUUUAGCAUUACAGUCAUGUG